AUGAUUGACGCGUCUCCUCCUCCGGCUCAGCGGAGGAUCAUUUUCCGCAAGAUCAGUGAGGUGAAGAAGGAGGAGGAGGAGCGGCAGCGGGCGAAGAACGAGGUGCAGCUCACCAUCCCGCAGGACCAUCCGGUGCGGAAGCUCUUCCAGAAGUUCAAGCAGCAGAAGGAGCUCCGCAGCCAGGGAGCGUCUGCCUCCUCGCAGCCGGACCUGGAGAAGAACCAGCUGCAGGUGGAGCAGCACCAGCACCUGCACCCCCACAGCCUGCAGCUCGGCCACUCCAGCCUGCAGCACUCUCUGCCGCUCAGCCUCCAGCGGCCCCCCUCCUCCAUGCAGAACGGGGCCCCGCCCAGCAGCAGCGUGCUGACGGUGUCUCAGGUCACGCCCAUGCAGAGCUCCCUGGCGUACAGCCAUCCCGGGGAGCCGGCGGCCAAACAGAACAACUGUGACAUCAUGGAGCUGCAGCCCAGUGCUGCUGGAGGUGGAGCCGAACAGACCGUCAGGCUCAAAGUCGGCACCAGCCCUGUUCUGGCCAAACCGGCCCCCAAGGCCACCGGCUGGAUGCGCCUGAAAAACAACAUGGCCCCGGUGGAGGCCAGGAAGGAGGGGCUUAACAACAGCGUGAAGGCCGUUUCUGUGGAGAUGUUGUCUCAGGAGGGCAAAGGUCAGGAAGCAAGGGGGGGUGGAGAUGCAGAGGAGGGCGGGGUGUCCAGCAACAACCCGCUCCGCAAGACGGACUCCUGCGACAGUGGCAUCACCAAGAGUGAGCUGCGGAUCGACCGGGCGGGGGAGGCACGGACCCCGGCCGCGGUCACCCCCCUCCUCCACAGCCCUCUCCCUGGAGGAGUGGGCUCUCCUCACCCUUUCUGUCCCAUCCCGGAGCAGGCCCUGCAGGCGGCGCUGCACGAGACCCGGCUGGAGCUCCGGGGGGACAUCCAGACUCUGGGAGGCCGUCUGGGCGCCCUGGAGAGCCAGGUCGCCGAAAUUAUCAAGUUGUUGUCAGACAAGCGGCGGCCGUCCACGGGGCCGCCGCCCGCCUCCGCCACGCCUAAAACCAAAAUACUACGUCAGGACAUUUUCACCGUUUCCAGGCCUGUUUCUCCGGACUCGGAGAAGGAUGAGGCGCUCUGAAGGGAGCUCAGCCAGUGGUGUAGAGAGCGCGGUGGAGUAACGGUGACCUCAUGGCACGGCGUCCGAUCACGAUGAUCGGUCCAGGGGUUAACGCUCGUCCAGCUCCCGUCAGAUCCACUCACGCCACUGGUCUCAAUUCUCUGAGACAAUAAAACUGGCUUCUUCAACAUUUGCACACGGACUUUUACCUCCCGGUCACGUGACAGUCGCCACGGUGACACGGACCUGGGUUUUUUUGAUUGUACAUACCUCUCUAUGCAUGUCCAGCUGGAUUCUGGCCUGCCAAAGAAACGACUGAAUCUUAUUGCCUGUAUAUUAUGCAGUUGACUGCAUGCAAAUCGAAUUUAAAGAGACAUUUUGUUGAGCUUCACUGUACAUAUGAAUAUUUUUCAAUUUACCAUGUGGAUAUUCAGGGUUUGCAUACUGGUAGCACUAAACAGACGAGAUGAGGAGAAGGGUUUACCGGCCGAGCGAUGGUGCAUGGAUUAUUUAUGAGUAGAGAAGUGGACAGGGAUGAAGGUUGUUGUUUUUUCUUUGCCUGUGGGAUGAAGUUUGAUUCUGCUCUCAGCUCUCCGCCCUCUGAGAACUCAGACGUGAAGAAGCAGAAGACCUCAGAACAGGGAGGGAGCUUUCUGCUUUGAGCUUAAUCUUUUUUAUAUUGUUUGGUGAUCUCGCUUCUUUAUAAUAAUUUCUAUUUUUGAUUACGGAAAUGUCCUUUCGGCCUCAUUUUUAUGUCCGGUGAACUCUUGAAUGGUUUGAAUCCUCCUCGUGUCUAUGCAUCGCUCGGGUACGCCGCUUAGAAUUUCCAGAAUAUUACACCUUCGUUGUCCUGUCGGCGAAUGAAGGAGGUUUUUGUGUUUUCCCUCCGUUCCUCUGCAUGAAUCAGGGAUGGCAGAACGCACUUCUGGGUAAAGCUGGAAUGACAGGAAGGCUUUGGAGAAAUAACACAGAGUUUAGUUCACAUUAGAGUCCACUCAGCACAGUGACAUGUAGUCCCACGGCCCCGGCGCCACACGCAGAGUCGUAACCGCCGAGCGUCUCACCGGAGUCUGGGUUCCAUCAGGAGCAGCAGCAAAGAGCUCCAGUAAUAAAAAAUGGAAUACUCAGUUUUCUAAAGCUGCCGGCAAAGGAGUAGUUUUAUGCUCCAGAGUGCGAACAUGUAUGUGUGUGUGUGUGCACGUGUGUGUAUAUAUACACACACGUGCACACACACACACACACACACGUGCACAGUGAUUCUUCAUGUGAAACCCUGACGGAGAUCAGAGCAUCUUUUUGUCAGAAGUCGAGGUUUUUCAGGUCUCGUGAAAUUCAGACGUGCGGUGCGGCAGCGCUCGUCACGCAAUAUACACGCAUGCACACACACACACACACACACACACACACACACGGAUGUACAGUAGACGUCAUCAAAGUCUCAGUUGGUUUUAUACACACACGUGACAUCUCCAAAAGUGAAGCCAAACCGUCUUGAUCGCCCCCUGGUGUCCAGCUGCAG